CAGCUGCAGACUUCAGGAAACUCCUAAUCCUGUCCAGUCCUCUCUCUCUCUCUCUCUCUCGCUCCACCACAGCAGCAUGUACAGUUACCGUUCCAGCGGCCCCGGCUUCUCCGGUGGCUCCGGCUACGCCGGUGGCUCAUCGUCCAUCAUCACCCAGCGUCGCAUGGGCAACGUAUCCUCCGCGCCCAAGGCCUUCAGCGUCUACGGCGGGGGCUCCGGUGGUGGCACCCGCAUCUCCUCCUCCUCUGUUCGCCAUCUCUCCUCAGGCUACGGAGGUGGCUAUGGAGGUGGCAUGGGGAUGGGUGGCGGCGGUGGUGGCGGCGGCGGCGGCGGCUUCAAUCUGUCCAGUGCCCUCGACUCGGACCACUCCAUCCACGUGAGCGAGAAGGCCACCAUGCAGAACCUGAACGACCGCCUGGCCACCUACCUGGACAAGGUGCGGUCUCUGGAGAAGGCCAACGCCGAGCUGGAGCUGAAGAUCAGGGAGUACUACGAGACCAAAGGACCAGCUGCUGAGAGAGACUACAGCAACUACUGGGCCAUCAUCAAUGACCUGAAGGACAAGAUCAACGCUGCCACCAUUGACAACGCCAGCACCCUGCUGGGGAUUGACAAUGCAAAACUGGCUGCUGAUGACUUCAGGACAAAGUACGACCAUGAGCUGAUGAUGCGCCAGUCUGUGGAGGCCGACAUUGGCAACCUGCGUCGCCUGCUGGACCAGACCACCCUGACCAAGUCUGACCUGGAGAUGCAGAUCGAGGGCCUGCACGACGAGCUGGCCUUCCUCAAGAAGAACCACCAGGAGGAGAUUGACGCCCUCCGCUCCCAGAUCAGCCACACGGUGAACGUGGAGGUGGACGCCGCGCCCCAGCAGGACCUCAACAAGAUGCUGGACGAGAUCCGCAGCCAGUAUGAGGGCAUGAUCGGCAAACACCGCCGGGACCAGGAGACCUGGUUCAACGACAAGUCCACUGCCCUGAGCAAGGAGGUGGCCGUCAGCACAGAGACCAUCCAGACGACCAAGACAGAGAUGAGUGACCUGAGACGCACGCUGCAGGGCCUGGAGAUCGAGCUGCAGUCCCAGCACAGCAUGAAAGGGGCGCUGGAGAACACGCUGCGCGACACGGAGGCCCGCUACAGCGCCAUGCUAACCAGCUACCAGAACCAGAUCAACAUGCUGGAGCAGGAGCUGUCGCAGAUGCGCGGCAGCAUCGAGGAGCAGGGACGCGACUACGUCAUGCUGCUGGACAUCAAGAGCCGCCUGGAGAAGGAGAUCGCCACCUACAGGAGCCUCAUGGAUACGGAAGAGUCCAGGUAGUCGGUGAAGAGGCCACCGUCACCAGCCGAGGAGGGAGGGCAUUUGUGUUGGUGUGUUCAGGGGGGGGGGGGGGGGGUGACACAGAGGAUUGCUUUUAAGAUAAAGUGUUGAAACAUAAGUGCAAUCCCUUGAAGAAGUCUGCCAAGGGUUUUCUUGAACAGUGCCUUUUGUCAUAGACUGAUCAUGAAUAAAUCCCUCUUUUUGGACACUUAA